AUGGUGGAAGGAAAAUACAUCUACUUGCGGCUCUUACAGCACGCUAGCGUUAGCAUGGAGAGCCGAGUGGUUCCGAGCGGCAAAGUGUACCAGCAGCUCUUUGAUGAUCAGGUUCGACUGACAAAGAGUUUGUUAGCCGCGCGCAAACACACAGCAAUGAUGUGCGUGUCUGCCAUGAACACACCGUGCAGCGCCACCAGCAGGUACGCACACGCACACACACACCACAACACAAACACCCACAGUUGUUGGUUGUUGUCCAGCACUUGGCAGCAACCAGACGACGAGGAUGAUGGUGAUGGCGAUGAAGAUGUUGAUGAUGUCACGAGACUUCCUGACACUGUGGACGGCAGUCACGUGACGUGUGACAUCCUGCAGCGUGUCCACCAGCACAAGAAGAAACAACACCAGGAAGCCGUGCGCCACAUGGACGCACAGCUCACACAGCUGGCUCAGGCGUGCGUGAUGCAGGUGAGGACGCACAGCCUCCAGCUGUUGUCCACUCUGCAGCGCAUCAACGUCUGUGUGGACGCGGUGCAAGACAACAUGCAACACGUGGAGCAACACAGCCUGCAGGAGGUGCUGUGCAUGUGGAGCGAGGUGGAGAAGCAGAUGAAGCAGAAGAAGAGGAGCGUGGUGGACUUUCAGGUCCAAGUCAGCGAGUGUGAAAGACAACGAGUCAUCAAGAUGAGACCUGUGAUCAGGAAGUACUGCCACACGCUGGGGAAGAUCAACUUCCUGCCAUGUGCUGACAUGCACAGACAAAUCCACAGCGAGGCCACGAUGCUCAAUCAGACCCUGCUGGCCAACCGGCGCAGUGCGGCACACGUCCUGCUGCUGCUGCAGGAGUCCACCCUCCAGCAGGAGGCGCUCCUCCAUCUGCAGUGGGAGGAGUCUUUAAGCCGCUGGAGGCGGAGCCGAGCCGACCAGGUGGUGCAGGAGUUCAGGUCGGCGCUGACAAGCGGCGAUGUCUGGCGGCUGCUGGCGGAUCAGCUGACCUCCCAGGAAGUGUCUCAAAGCGUGCGCCGCCUGUCCCAACAGCGCAGCGACAUCAUCGCAGAGAUCAGCUCCUUGGUCCCACCCUCCUUCUCCACAGCCCUAGUCUCUGAUUGGUUCGAGCAGCUGACGGCUGUCAAUCAACACAUCGACUGUCUUCACUCGGACUUCCUGCAUCAGUUGCGCUGUUGUUACGAGCUCACAUGGCAGGAGCGCCUGGCUCAGGUGCAAGGCUCCAAGGAGGCGCUCUCGGCGCUGGAACUGCCCGAGGAGGAAGUGAGUGAAAUGGUUAAGUCGGAGCUCCUGUCGCUGGUCGGACAGUACCAGAGGCAAGAUGAAGGGCAGCUGGCCACUAUCGAGACGUGCGCAGACGGGCUGUGGGCGGCGGCGGCCAGGCUCAGCAGGCGCGCCUUCCUGGUGAUGCGCGCGCUGGCAUUGCUGUGGGAGGAGCACAGCGGCAACUUGACGAGCCUGGAGGAGGAAGUUCAACGCCGCCUGGAGGAGCUGAGAUCUGCUCAGGAAAAACACGUCCAGAGGAAGAAGGUGUUUCUGGACGAGAUGCUGGCCGGACUCCGCCAGGAGAGCAGCGAAGCGGCCCUGAAGACGUCAAUGGAGCAAACUGUCCACUACCUGCGCAACCUCAGGGUCAGCUGUGGCGAGUGCGUCUCUGAUCAGUGCCGCGUGUUGGACCGCCUCCCGCACGACUUUGUGGACGAGCUGGACAACUACAGCAAACACCUGAGCACCUUCUACCACCUCAACGACACCUUCACGCUGAACCCACAAGACCUUCAGAAACUCCCGCCAGUUGAUGACAUCAUCACCGGUGCCACUGAGGAGACGAGUCCAGUCAGCUGUCCGAAUGUUGCUGAGCCUGAGAAGCCUUGUGAUUGGCUGGCUGAGUGUGUUCAGGCGCAGUCCUCCCUGCUCGACCUCUACGACAUCAGCAGCAAGCUGGCGUUCACCUCAUCAAGGGGCGUGGCCUACUCUGCCCCCGCCUUCAGGUGCCCCGCCAGCGACCUGCCCGGCAACAUGAGCAAGCAACAGGAAACCCACCUGAGCGCGUUUCCUGUGGAGAUGCUAACACACUCGCUCAGCAGGGCGCGCACGUUGUUCUUUGAGCACCUGGAGCAGCGUUACCAUGACGUCCUGACCUCGGUGGUCGCCACGGUGAUGGAGAGGAAGGAGGCGGUGCAGGCGUAUCACGACCUUCAAAUGCAGCAGCUUGACCCCCAACAUGUCAGGGUGUGCAUCUACAUGCCCCGCCUCGCUGAGCUGCAGCAACACAAGCAGCGUGUGGACACUCACUGCCAGGAAGUGUCAGACGUGCUGACUUCCUGCAGGGCGACGCUACACCAGCUGCAGGCGUCCGUCAGCAAGAAGAACCAGCAGCUCACCGCCACGCUGUCCAAGAUGGACGACAACGUCCUCAAAACGGACGGCAGCAGACGUCUGGAGGCUCUCAGCUCCACCCUGCAGAACUGUCUGGAUGACCACAUCAAAGACACCCAGCGCUCCCACGCUGGCUUCAGACACAUGCUUCAGCUCCAAAUGGAGGAACUCCGAUGCAAGACCGCCUCCCUCCUCCACUCCUUCAGGUUGUUCAGCGAAGGAGGUGACUUCACCCGUCACGAAGUGAAAAUAUUCCAGCGGCGUCUGAGAGAAGAAAGUAAACGUAUCAGCACGGCGGAGGAGAACAUCUACACGGACCUUCAAAACCUGGAGUCCAAGGGUUUACAGCAGGUGAAGGCAGGGUCGGGGCGUUUUGAGGAGAAGCUAUGGCUCUUGCAGGCUGAGGUGAAGUUCAUGGAGAAGAUCCAGAGGAUUCUCAGCAGCACUCAAGUGGAGGUCAGAGCUGAGGGGGCAAGCAGCAACCACCAGGAGGCGACCAUCAGUGCUCGUCUGGAAGAGCUGAGGAAGGCUCUGGCAGGAGAGCAGGUGUGUGCAGAGCAGGUGUGUGUGUUGCUGUCAUUCAUCAGCGACGCCCUCAGGAGGCGGAGUCACUACCUGGACGAGAUCAUUCCUGCGCCCGCCACGUCCAAAUCCAGGAAGCAGGUAUGGUCGGCCCCGCCCCCUGCUUUGCUGCAGCCCUGCAGGUCGGGAGGGAACAUUCUGGAAGACCCCAUAGUGGGCGUGGUCAAGUCUCUGAACAGGUUCUGUGGGGGUCACGACCCUGCCGCUGCCGCCGGCCCUGUAACCUUCAAAGGUCGAAGCCCCGCCCAUCGCCAGCCAUCAUCACGACGGAGCGAGUCUGCUGCUGCGACAAGGUCCCUCAGGACUGACAAAAGGUUCCAGAUCUUUGGUUCCAAACCAGAAGCAGACCAGAAUCCAGACUGCUACAUCGCCAUCGUGAACGCCGUGCUGAGGAGGACUCACCACACCCUGCUGCUGGUUGCCAAGGACUUCUACCAGAGUCAACGCUGCGGGGGCUUCCACCUCCUUCCUGGGGCACUGGACCAGUGGGUGGACGGCAUACAGCAAAGGCUGCUGGGAUAUCAGCAGCACGCCAAGACGCUCCUGAGCGCCAGCAGAGAAGCGCUGGAGCAGCAGCAGCGCGUGUUGGCCGACACCAUGCACGCACUCCCUGACAAGCUGAUCCGUAACCACGAACAACGCAUGGGGGCGGAGCUGAGGGAGGAGGCGGACCUGGUGAGACAGAAGUUUGAGAAGACGCUAGCGGCGAGCGAGAAGGAGAAGAGGGCCAACGUGGCUCGUCUGCGCCUGUCGCUCUCCCACAGCGAGCUGGACAAGCUGAGCCGCAGCGAGGACGACCGACAGCAGCGUCUCCACGACGACAUCCGCUCUUCACAUCAGCAGCUGCAGGAGUGUGCCAGAUGCAAAGGGGAGGAGUUUGUGACAUCACUGGCAUCCCUGACAGAGAAACUCCUCCUUCAAAUGGACCAGCUGCCACUCGCAGAAGUCACCUGGGAGGACAGACCCGUAACCAUGGAGACGGGACAGCAACCCUGCAGGAUGUGGUCAGGUAUUCCCCACCUGUCAGCUGACUCGACAACAACCGCAUCCAUCACCACGAGCAGGUGCACCGUGGGACACGUGGCGGUCAUAGAACACAGAGACGCUGCUGUCAAGAGGCCAAUGUCUGAAGACAUCCUAAAUGAGGGGGGUGAGCCCCAGUCCCCGUCCCAGGCCCCGUCCACAUUGUCUCCAUCCCAGGCCCCGUCGAAGUCCCAGCCUGGUUCCAGUUCAUCCAGUGGGCCGUCUUCAGGCAGCCAGUCCUCAGGGACACUAAGUAGCGUGGACACACUUCCUGUCACGUUGCCGUCCGUCCCCGAGGAGCCCGAAUGCCAACCUUGGGGUCGCCUGCUGCCCAUGGAUGCCGGAUUUCGCGCUCACGACUGUAUCGAGGAUGAGUACUUGUUUGGACGUGACUCCAAAUGUCACUACGUGCUGGAUGACCCCCAGCAAAGAGGAUCCUUACGAUACCGAAUCUACAGCAAGAAGCACUUCAGGAUCUACAGGGUACCUCUUCCUCUUCCUCGUCUCACUCAUUUCUUCUUUGCAUGCGUGUGUGCACGUGCAAGUGUGUGUGUGUAUAAAUGUGCGUGCGUGUGUGCUCGUGCAAGUCAGGAGGGCAGCGAGGCGUUCAUCCACGACCUGAGCAACAACGGCACGUUUGUUGACGGGAUCAAAAUCGGGCGCAACAAGAAGCUUCCUCUGGUCAACAACGCGGUGUUGGCGUUGUCGGAGCAACGUAACAAAGUCUUCGUCUUCAUCGACCUGAUGUCGGACGAGGACGGCGCACUACCUGGCCCGCUGCGGGACAAAUACCUGCUGACUCGGCGGAUUGGCACGGGCGUGUGCGGUGAGGUGCGGCUGGCCUUCGAGAGGUCCACCUGCAAGAAGUUUGCAGUCAAGAUCAUCAACAAGAAGAACUUCCAGUCUGAAGGGACGGCCACGCGAAACGCUCAGACCGAGAUCGAAAUCCUUCAACGGAUCGACCACCCCUGCCUCAUCAAGACGCAAGACUUCUACCAGACGGACGACAGCUUCUUCAUCGUCUUGGAGCUGAUGGAGGGGGGGGAGCUCUUCCAGCGGGUCAAAGUUGGGCAGCUGAGUGAGUCGGUGGCCAAGCUGUACUUCUACCAGAUGCUGCAGGCUGUGCAGUACCUGCACAGGAACGGGAUCAUCCACCGGGACCUGAAGCCAGAGAACAUCCUGCUAUCUUCUCACGAGGACCGGUGUCUCAUCAAGGUGACCGACUUCAACCAGUCCAGGAUCCUGGAGGAGGCGGUCCUGAUGAGGACGCUAUGCGGGACACCGUCCUACCUGGCGCCUGAAGUGUUCACGCACGCCGCCACCACGGGAUACAGCUUGGCCGUGGACGCCUGGAGCCUCGGCGUGCUGCUCUUCGUCUGUCUGGGGGGGUACCCCCCCUUCCACGAGAACUUCGGCCAGCUGUCCGUCACAGACCAGAUUAUCAGGGGGGAGUUCACCAUGGUGCCAUCCAAGUGGACUCAUGUGUCCGACCAAGGUGACCUUCCUCUUCAUCAGGCUGCAUGUGAAGGUCAAAUUUGGAACCGUGUGUGUGUGUGUGUGUGUGUGUGUGUGUGCGUGCGUGCGUGCGUGCGUGCGUGCGCGUGCGUGCCAGCCAAGGACGUGGUGAGGAAGCUGCUGGUGGUGGACCCCACCAAGAGGAUGAGCAUCCAGGAAGCUCUGCAGCACGCCUGGCUACAGGACCCUGACAUGCUGAAGGAGGCGCAGGCGCUGAUGCAUCCUGCUGCUGCUGCCGUUGCCACGGAGGCGGAGCCGGGCUCCUCGAGGAAACGGAGGCGGGAAGACGACGAGUGCGAGCACCCAGCCAAGCACGCUCCACCCGCCGUCCUGCCGUGAUGUGACAUCACCAACUUUUUCUCUAAUAAAGACUUUUAUUUUUUCA